UCAUCCUGAACAUGCUUGAAUGGAGGUGACCUUAGUUAUUCCGAACAUUUAAAAAAAAAGUAAAAUAACUUCCCGUGGACGUUACGGGUACUUCGGGUCAGCCCCGUUUAAAUUAUUCCCUUGAACAUUAGUGGAGACUUUACGGUGUGCGCAGGAGCAACCGACAUGGCAGAGGCACACCAGGCACGCGUACAAAAUGUGGUGGAAGAAAUGGUCCAAAGCCUGGAGAGGGACAACAUCCGCGUAAUGCAGGGUCGCAUGUUCAGGUGCAGCGCUGACUGCUGUGAUCGUCCCACGGACUCCAUGUCUGUGGUGCAUCGGUGCAUCGACAAGUGCCACACUCCUCUGGCUCAGGCUCAGGGACUGGUCACUUCAGAGCUGGAGAAGUUUCAGGACCGUCUGACCAGAUGCACGAUGCACUGCAACGAUAAGGCGAAGGAUCUUUUUGACACUGGGGCUAAAGAGCCAGCUGUUCGAUCCCUGAUGGACAGCUGUGUGGGCAGUUGUGUGGACGACCACGUAAACCUGAUCCCCAGCAUGACCCGAAGAAUCAAAGAUAACCUGGACUCUAUACAGCAGUAGGCAAAGGGAUGGCGGGCCGCAGUCCUUCCUGGAGACUCAGUCUGAGGUCAUUACACGGAGACGCACAGGGUCACUCACUGCAUGAUAACUGAAGAUGAGCCGGGCUGGAGUACCAUCAUGAGAUGAGUGAGGUUUAACGUGGUGCAGGAGUUCUCGAGGCUCCGCCCUGUGUGCUGGUGUGUGCAGAUUUUAAACGUGUCACGGUGAGAUUUAUCUUACUUUGUGUAAUCUACAGACUCAAACCGCCCCAUAGGUUUUGGAACGGUUUUGUUUUUUGAGGUUUUUGUUUGGAAAACGAAGUGAUGCAUCUGGGUGCACAUCAUCGUUUUGUGAACAAUUAAAACACGCAUUGAACAAACGUGGGCAUUCAAAUACAAAAAACUGGUGCGUAUCACAUUUUAAAAUGCUAGUAUAAGUGCACCACUAGAUGGUCUAUUUUUGCAGUUUGAAUGUUCACAUUUGGUUUCUCUCCACCAUCAGUCUCUCAUCCCUUGUUUUUUUGUUAUUUCAUUGUUGUUGAGCUGUGGACUGUCUGACCUCAUGCGAUAUGUUCAUAUAUAUUAAAAGUACUGUGGAUGUACCAGUUUU